AAAGUGGGUCAAAAUCGAGUCCGAAGGAGUCGGUUACAUACAUACAGGUGAAGCUAAUAUAAAGCGUGUAAAAUAUAUAGUUUAGAAGACGCAAUAAGUACUUUUUGUCUCUGCCCCAGCAUGUUAAAGGAGCGCGACUAUGUAGAACUUGAAGGGCAAUAAUAAUCUUACACAGUCUAUACAUGCUUUCGGUGAAUGACCGCCCGUUCUUUUGACUUCUGUGUUGCCAACUACAUUUCUAUAAUACUCGUCACGUAUCGGCAAUCUAUGGAUGAAAAAUAGUGUAGAUAGAAUGUAUAUUAUUUAUUUUUAUAUUGUGAGCGUAUAAUAAGGGUAUGUAGACCCAAAUUAUAAAUUAAAGUUUUAUGUACAUGCAUUUUUACUAUUAAUUAUUUUUUUAAGUAGUCCACUUUCUUUAUCAAUUAUUUGUUUGAUAACUGAUACAGUUUCAGUAAUAAUUUUCUCUGAUUAGACAUUACAGUUUUAUGGUGUACAGCCCAAGGUUAAUACGUUUGAUAAUUUAUUGAUAUGAUCAGUGGCGGUAUUGCCAAUCUAAAUUGUGUCAAGUGUGUUAAACAAUAAAUAUGAUUAUCACUAUUAGUAAAACGUCGAUUUAUCAAACGGUUCCCCGUUUAGAUUAGAAGAGAAUUAAGGCGGAUAAAGGCGUAUUUUUAUUUUUAUCGUUAAGGAAUAUGUGCUAACGACAAGUUUCAUUAAAAUUGAAUAACGUCUAUACGUAAAUACAAACGCAAAAACCAAAAUGAGUGAAGAUACAAACGAAGAAAGCUAUGAUAAACAUGAAGAAUUCAAAGAGACUGAUCCACUUAAACAUAAUGUAGAAGAUCCAACACGCGAAAAACCACGAAGUUUUAAAGAAAACUGUGUGCAUGCAUUCAAAAACAUAACAGUCGAGCCAUCAAUGUUCUUCUUCAUAAUACCAAUGAUCUUUUCGAUAUUGACAUCGCAAAAUCUUAACCUGGAAAAGGCGUGCAGAGUUAAUUUAAAUUUCACAGAUGAAAUAUGUGACUCGCUCAAAUUGCAGACAGUUGGUGCACAAAACGAAUAUGAAAAAGAAGUACAAAAACUAGUCGCAAGAGCUAUGUCUUGGAGAACAUCAAUCACUGCAACAAUUCCGUGUGUUUUAGCGCUAUUUGUGGGUUCGUGGUCAGAUAAAACUGGGUAUCGGAAAAUAUUUUUAAUUAUACCCAUCUUGGGCCAAAUGCUUGUGUCUGUUAAUGGCGUAUUCCACACAUUUUACUUUAAGGAAAUCGGUUUAGAAGCGUUAGUAUUCAGUGAAGCUAUACUAGAUGGAAUGUUCGGUUCUUGGUGUAUAUCUAUGUUAACUAUGUUUUCGUUUAUCAGUGCUAUUACAAAUGAUAAGAAUAGGACAUUUCGUAUGGGACUCAUAAAUUUUAGCUUAACCGUCGGCUUUCCCAUAGGAAUGGGUCUCAGUGGGCUUUUGUUAAAAAAGCUCGGGUAUUACGGAUGCUACGUUUUAGCUUUUGGACUACAUUUUGUUAACCUACUAUACAAUACCUUUAUAUUAAAGGAUCCAGAAAGGACUGUUGAACAGAAAAAGAAUGAUAAUCAAGGCGUUUGCCAUUUAGUGCGCAUUUUCUUUGAUCUAGGUAACUUGAGAGAGACAAUUAAAGUAGUAUUUAAAAACGGACCAAACCAUAGACGUUUUCGUGUUUGCGCUUUAUUAGUCGUCGUUGCUAUAUUAUUUGGACCCAUGCAUGGUGAACUUUCAAUAAUGUACAUAUCAACAAGGUACAGAUUCAACUGGACCGAGGUAAUGUUCAGCAUAUUCCAAGCAUACAACUUUGUUGCCCACACAAUAGGAACGAUAUUCUCCAUCGUUGUAUUCAGUAAAUAUUUGCAAUGGCACGAUUCUAUAUUAGGAAUUAUUUCAACUCUCAGUAAAAUUGCUUCAUCAUUUGUCUAUUGUUUCGCUACGAACGAAAGAAUAUUCUUUAUUGGUCCUUUAGUAGAUAUUCUGAACGGGACAGCUUUAUUAGCAUUACGAUCAACUGUGUCCAAGACAGUAUCAGCCGAUGAAUUUGGCAAAGUAAACUCAAUAUUUGCGUUAACGGAAAACCUCAUGCCUUUAAUCUACGUACCCUUGUAUACCAAAGUGUACACGGCCACUAUGGAGGUUCUCCCAGGCGCUGUCUUUCUUAUGGGGUCAGCAAUGACGCUGCCCGCGGUUUGUGUGUUUAUAUGGUUGUUGUGGGAGCAUAGGAGAAAUUUAAGGAUAUCCAAGAAGAAACCAGAGGGCACUGCGGACAUUAAGUAAAAUAUAUUUACACUUUUACCCACCGAUUUCUCGGCAUAGUACAUAAAACAUAGAAAUUACGAUAAUUGGCAUGAUGUUCUCGAUAUGGACGUUACGAAGUUUUGGAGGAAAAUCUACCCGUACCUCCUCAGAGUGGCAGAGUAAUGAAGGUAUCACUUAACAUCCCUUUGCCCGUUUUCUAUCUGUUCUAUAAAAUAUGCAAGGGCUAACAUAUCCUGUAUAGCGGAGUGUUAUCUAAUCAGAGCGUGAUGACGUCAUAUUGGGAUGAACAAAGUCAAUUAUUUCACUAUUCUAGAAAUAAUCAAUAUUUGCGGGUCUUUAACGAAAUUAGUUUACUUUUUAAAAUUCCCGCUUGUUAUGUCGUGUUGUUUGAAUAUGUUAUUAUAGUGAUUAACUUUUUAAGUUUAUGAAUAAAUUUUUUAUAUUUUUA